UUUCCUUCACCGAACUUCACUACACGGCAUAUUUAUGAGUCAACCCAACAGCGCAGCCUUCACAUGUGCAGCUGAAUGGAAAAUGUUGCUUCUCAAGAUUUUCGCUGUCAUAUAUUUGACUGCUGUUUGUGCAGAUACGGAGGCAGAUUAUGUCACCCAGUCUAACAGUCAAACAAGUCCUGCCUAUGAACCACCGCUACCUGUGCUAAAGCUAAAAUCAGCACAUAGUGAUGUCUUCUCUUCUGAAAAAGUGGAGUUAAAUUGUUAUGUUGAUGGCAGCUCUGACUGGACCGUCACCUGGAAAAAAGAUGGAAAGGAGCUACUUUCUGAAAAUGGCUUGGUGCUUACAAUCACAGCACAAACAAAGCAUUCUGGAGGUUAUACCUGUACAGGUCAACACAAAACAAAACUUGUCUCCACUGUUAUAAGUAACCAAAUCAUUGUCACAGUUACCGACCCACCUACACCAACUCUAAAGCUACUGUCUGGCUGGCAAGAUGUGUUUGUUACUGAGAAUGUGUCAUUAAGCUGUGAAGUGAGCAGCCCUGAGUGGACGUUUACCUGGUACAAAGAUAAAAACCAACUCCAAAAGGACUCAGUACUGACCAUAAAUGAAAAAGGAACAUUGUUCAGCAUCACCUCAGUCUCUCAAACCCAUCAAGGACAGUAUUCCUGCAAAGCUCAUCUUAAAUCCAGAGGAGUCGACUCUGAAUUCAGCAACACGGUUGAUCUGAAAGUCUAUUCAAGCAACCCAAAGCCCAUUGUGACUCGAAGCCCAAACUUUAACCAGAUGUACCCUGGAGAAUCUAUCAACUUCAAAUGCACGUUUAGUGAAUCCACUGGAUGGGAAUAUGUGUGGUAUCAUAAUGGGAAAGAUAUUCCCGCACCCAACAAUGAUGCUUAUACUAUAGCUUCUGUGGGUCAUUCAAACAGUGGAGACUACCACUGCAAAGCCAAGAGAGGCCCUGACCCAUUUUACACAGCGGCCAGUGAAUCUAUAACUCUUCAAGUUUCUGACCCACCUACACCAACUCUAAAGCUACUGUCUGGCUGGCAAGAUGUGUUUGUUACUGAGAAAGUGUCAUUAAGCUGUGAAGUGAGCAGCCCUGAGUGGACGUUUACCUGGUACAAAGAUAAAAAACCCCUCCCAAAGGAGUCAGUACUGACCAUUAAUGAAAAAGGAACAUUGUUCAGCAUCACCUCAGUCUCUCAAACCCAUCAAGGACAGUAUUCCUGCAAAGCUCAUCUUAAAUCCAGAGGAGUCGACUCUGAAUUCAGCAACACGGUUGAUCUGAAAGUCUAUUCAAGCAACCCAAAGCCCAUUGUGACUCGAAGCUCAAACUUUAACCCGAUGUACCCUGGAGAAUCUAUCAACUUCAACUGCAUGUGUAGUGAAUCCACUGGCUGGGAAUAUGUGUGGUAUCAUAAAGGGAAAGAUAUUCCCGCACCCAACAAUGGUGCUUAUACUAUAGCUUCUGUGGGUCAUUCAAACAGUGGAGACUACCAGUGCAAAGCCAAGAGAGGCCCUGACCCAUUUAACACAGCAGCCAGUGAAACUAUAACUCUUCAAGUUUCUGACCCACCUAAACCAACUCUAAAGCUACUGUCUGGCUGGCAAGAUGUGUUUGUUACUGAGAAAGUGUCAUUAAGCUGUGAAGUGAGCAGCCCUGAUUGGACGUUUACCUGGUACAAAGAUAAAAACCAACUCCAAAAGGACUCAGUACUGACCAUUAAUGAAAAAGGAACAUUGUUCAACAUCACCUCAGUCUCUCAAACCCAUCAAGGACAGUAUGCCUGCAAAGCUCAUCUUACAUCCAGAGGAGUCAACUCUGAAUUCAGUAACAUGGUUAAUAUUAAAGUCUAUUACCCACCUAAACCAACUCUAAAGCUACUGUCUGGCUGGCAAGAUGUGUUUGUUACUGAGAAUGUGUCAUUAAGCUGUGAAGUGAGCAGCCCUGAUUGGACGUUUACCUGGUACAAAGAUAAAAACCAACUCCAAAAGGACUCAGUACUGACCAUAAAUGAAAAAGGAACAUUGUUCAACAUCACCUCAGUCUCUCAAACCCAUCAAGGACAGUAUUCCUGCAAAGCUCAUCUUACAUCCAGAAGAGUCAACUCUGAGUUCAGCAACUCGGUUGAUCUGAAAGUCUAUUCAAGCAACCCAAAGCCCAUUGUGACUCGAAGCUCAAACUUUAACCCGAUGUACCCUGGAGAAUCUAUCAACUUCAACUGCAUGUGUAGUGAAUCCACUGGAUGGGAAUAUGUGUGGUAUCAUAAAGGGAAAGAUAUUCCCGCACCCAACAAUGGUACUUAUACUAUAGCUUCUGUGGAUCAUUCAAACAGUGGAGACUACUACUGCAAAGCCAAGAGAGGCCCUGACCCAUUUUACACAGCGACCAGUGAAACUACGUCUCUUCAAGUUUCUGAAAUCCCUGUUCCACUGCUGAAGCCACUAACCCAGUGGCUGGAUGUGUUCCCUGGUGAGAGUGUUAAGAUGAGCUGUGAGAUGAAAGGAAGCACUGGAUGGGCAUACACAUGGCGUAAGGAUGCAGAAGAAAUCAAAGCUAAAAAUCCUGUAUCUUUUAGUGCAAAUGGACACAUUCUUUCCAUUAGCCAUGCUUCAUCCUUGCACCAUGGAGACUACAGCUGUUCAGGGAAACUAAAGGGCAGGUCUGUCACCAGCAACUUUAGCUCUGAAGUCACACUUGAUGUUUAUGAUACGACACCCAGAGUCACUCUGGAGCAGAAUCCUGUGGACAAUUUGAUGCACACGGACGAUUUUGUGUCCUUUAGCUGUCACAUAAAUGUGUCCUCUGGAUGGGAGUACCUGUGGUACAAAGAAGACCGUCCACUUUCGACAUCUGAAAACAAUUACAACAUCAGCUCUGCUGUGACAAGAGACUCUGGAUCAUAUAAAUGCCAGGUUAAAAGAGGAGUCUCUAGCGUCUUCACAUUACAAAUGAGUGAAGCUGUAAUACUCAACAUCAAAGAGCGCCCACAGGCCAGUAUAACCCUGCAGACUGGCUGGUCAGAGGCCUUCUCAACAGACAGUUUAGCGCUCAAAUGCAACGUGACGGACAGUGACCACAUGUGGAACUUCACUUGGUUUAGAGGGAAUGAAAAAAUUGAUCUGCCACCCUCAGCGGACCAUGCGGUCACGCCCCAGAAUGACCCAGAACAGAGUUAUUACACCUGCCAGGGCAUCCGCAAUGAGAGACCAUUUUAUUCAAAAACCAGUCAUGAUUUUAGGACCAAGAACCUUCUGCUGAAGAGGAGAAUCCUUCUUUCCAUCUCUGGGUGCCUCUUCUUUGGCAUCAUUGCUGUUUUCCUGGGAUGCAUAGUCCUCAGAAUCUUCCGUAAACCAGCCGAAAAUGAUGAAAAGUUCGAAGAGGAGGAUCUGUUUGCCAAAAUGGUGAUAAAGGACUCUACUGAUGCACCAUGUCCACUGGUUGAGUACAUCACUGAUGCAUCUAUUAAAGCGAUGCCCGCAGAUGUGGAUGAGAAUGGCACAGUCUGCAGUGAAACAACACCAUUACCGAUAACCUCACAGGAGGACCAAGGUCUGAUGACUGCCAACCAUGACUCAACGGAAAAUGGCGGUGGACUUGUUUCCUUUCAACAAUGAGUUUUGGAAGACAUCAUAUUAGUUGUUUCAGUCCUGUGAGACGUUCAUGAGGAUUACACACCUACAAAAAAUAUUUAUAGAUGAAAAAACUAUCUGUGGCCCCUGUAAUGGUUUUUGUAGAGCUGUGCAAAAUGAUAAAGACAGUGUUUGACCUACUAUGCUCUGACAUGCUGGACCUAAAAGUAGCUUACUUACUGUAAAAACUGCACAUUUCAUGCUGUUAAAAACAUUAUUUAUGUGAUCUGUAUUUUCUUUCUCCUUCAGCAAGUUUCCUGGACAGACAUCAGAUGUCAGUAGAUGUAACUUCAAAGCUUUUUUUAAUUAUGUAAAUGGUUAAAAUAUGAAAAUAGCUGUUUUUCUUCAUAUCUCCAAAGUAACCACUUAGAUAUAAUAGUAUAUAUUUAUCCACACAUUUUGUGCUUGCCUAUAUGAAUUUAUCAAAAUAAAAAAGUUAAAAAAUG